AUGACUGAGAUCAAUACAGCGAUACCAAUUGAAGAAUCAUCUGGCAUAAAGCUUGAUCUGGAAGAAGAACGAAUUUUGAAGGAUCAGAUUGAUGUUCCUGAAAGAAAAGUAUCAUAUAUUACUUUAUAUCGAUUUGCUGCAAAACUUGACUGGAUAAUAAUGUUUAUUGGGAUAGUGUUUUCAAUGGUCACAGGAACCAUCAUGCCUAUAAUGAUGACCAUUAUCGGAAGAACGAUCGAUGAUUAUACCCGUUUUCAAAAUCACACUAUAAGCAUAACUGAUUUUACUGUAGAUGUAAACCACAUUGCAGUAAUUCUU